CGCAAACCAGGCGGCUGGCAUCUCCACCUGCUUCUCGACAACUCUGGAUCUCUGGAUGCUGCCACACCCAGCCAUCCGCCACACACAUCAUCGCCGCAACCGCGAGCCCUCGCAACUGCUAAUACAAGCUCUGAUACGGACAACAGCUACCGAUCAAUUGCAGCACCCGGCGUGUCCAGAGUCGCAAGCAUGGCGCCCGCCCAGGUCGUCGACGACGGUGACGCCGAUAUGGGCGGCCAGGAGUAUGACGAGGUCGACGAGCAGAGAUUGAUCAACGAGGAGUACAAGACGUGGAAGAAAAACUCCCCCUUUCUCUAUGACAUGAUUUUGAGCACUGCCCUGCCCUGGCCGACACUUACCGUCCAAUGGUUCCCCGACGUCAAGGAGCCUGAAGGCAAGAACUGCCGCAUUCACCGCCUCCUUAUCGGCACGCACACGUCCGACGACCAGCCCAACCAUGUCCAGAUUGCCGAGGUUGAGGUGCCCAAGGCCAUCAAGCCCAACGCGCGCGACUACGACGAGGAGCGGGGCGAGAUUGGUGGCUAUGGCAAGUCUGCCUCUGGCGAGCCUGCCGCCAUGAAGUUCAACGUCGUCCAGCGGAUCGACCACCCGGGCGAGGUCAACAAGGCACGAUACUGCCCCCAGAACCCGGACCUCAUCGCCACGCUCGCCGUCGACGGCAAGAUUCUCAUCUUUGACCGCACCAAGCACAGCUUCGAGCCGAAUGGAAAGAUCAACCCACAGAUAACUCUGGUUGGCCACAAGCAGGAGGGUUUUGGCCUGAAUUGGAACCCUCACGUGGAGGGCCACCUUGCUUCCGGCAGCGAGGACCAGACCGUCUGCUUGUGGGAUCUCACGAGCCUGGCGGCUGGCAGCAGCACCCUGCAGCCUGCGCGACAGUACACGCACCACACCAACGUGGUCAACGACGUGCAAUACCACCCGAUAUCGAAGAACUUUAUCGGCACAGUCAGUGACGACCUGACAUUGCAGAUCCUCGACACGAGGCAAAGCACUUACACGCACGCCGCGUUGGUGGCCAAGGACGGCCACAGCGACGCCAUCAAUGCGCUCGCGUUCAACCCGUCGACGGAGGUGCUGGUUGCUACAGCGUCUGCGGAUAAGACUGUCGGCAUCUGGGAUCUGCGCAACGUCAAGGAGAAGGUGCACACUCUGGAGGGCCACCAGGAUGCUGUGACAAGUCUGGCGUGGCACCCCCACGAAGCUGGAAUCCUCGGCACCGCUAGCUACGACCGCCGCGUCAUCUUCUGGGACCUCAGCAGGGUGGGCGACGAGCAGCAGCCAGACGACCAGGAGGACGGACCGCCGGAGCUGCUCUUUAUGCACGGCGGACACACGAACCAUCUGGCCGACUUCAGCUGGAACCAGAACGACCCUUGGCUGGUGGCGAGUGCGGCGGAGGACAACAUGCUGCAGAUCUGGAAGGUUGCCAGCUCGAUAGUGGGCAAGGACGAGGCGGAUAUCCCGCUCGAUGAGCUGGGCAGGUAGAAUAGUGGUUUAGGGCGGCGGAUGGAAGCAGUCGAGGGACAGCUGGUUGCAAACAUUCCAAGACACCUCGACCCCCCACAGAGACAUUGAAGGCUCCGAGGGUUGGCAGGUGGAAUGCGCAGUCUAGUGAGGAUAUGUCAAGAAUGUGUGAAGAUUGUAAAGAUUCACCAGAUUAUGUCACCUCUGCUCGGAGGGGUCUUGUUCAAUUGACGAUAUGUAUGUGUGGGACAACGGUCAGGAUUGUGAGCGACGAUUAGAACCAUACCAAUCUCAAUGCCGCGCGGCACUUGUUGACUCGCGCAGUAA